CCCCCAAGGUUACUUGCAGCCAUUGUAGUUGGUUAUGAUCUUGGGGGUGUAAGGUUAAAGGUCAUAGGAAGUCCCCAUAAGCCCUAGGCUAGCCGCCAUGGUGGGGUCAGACGUGUCCCUGUCGCAGGUGCAGCCAUGUUUCCAGCUGCUUCGUAUGGGCUCGGAUCUUGGGGCGGCCACCACGUCCCCGUCGCAGGGCGCCCCCUCCCAGGACCUGUACACCUUCCUGCCUGACUCCUCCCACUGCGUCUAUCAGCUGGGGGCUCGCCCCAAUGUCUGUGACGUUCCCCUUCCCGGGAAACAUCAGAUCCAUGCGCAAAUCCACGCCGAACGGGAACAAAGCGGAGACUGGCGGGUGAACCUGGAGAGCUGCUCCAACUGUGGCAUUUACAUCAAUGAGGUCCUUCUCCAGCGUGGUCAGAGGGUGGAGCUGUCAGAUGGAGACCUGCUACGCUUCCAGGAAUCGCCUCCUUCACCCUCGUCUCCUCCCACAUCCCCCGAUACCUACUUCCUCUUCCAGCGGGUUCGAGUGCGUCCUUUGGACUUCUGCGCCAUCACCUCGCCGCGCGCUCGGACCGCGUUCCCCGGCUUUACUCCAGUAUUAGGCACACGACGCUUAGGAGGGGAACGAGGAACUUCUCCCCAUUACACUACUGGGGCCACGGUCAUCCUCAACUCCAUCGGAAGCAUCAGCAAGAUGAAGCGCGAGAGGAUGCACAGUGGUGGACUCAUGGGAGGGACGGUGGAGCUGGCCAAGCCACCUACCCCAGACCUACCGCUGCCGUCUCGUACCGGCCUGGAGAGGAGGAGCAGCCGCAGGAAAGCACAGCACCAGGUCCUCUGUGAAUUGGAGGAAGAUGAGGAGGACAAGCAGGUGGAGGAAGAAAAUGGGAAGAGGAAAAGUAAGAAGCGAAGGCGGAAGGAGGACGAGAAAAGGGCGGCCCAACAGCUGGACAUGGGAAGGAAGCCUCGUGGUCGUCCAAGAAAGAACCCCGCUCCUCCUCUGGUGGUGUCCCAGACGAUCUCCAGUGCCGAGCCUUGUGCCUCGCGUUCUUGCCGCCUCCCGCAGGAAGACACAGUCAGCUGGGUGCAGUGCGACCAUUGCGAUUCCUGGUACCACGUUGUGUGCAUCGGCCGCAGCCUGACCUCCCUACAAGACACAGACUUCCAUUGUGGCUGCACGUGACCCGGCCUGGGAAUCCUUCAUUUCUGAUGCUCUUUUUUUCCACCUCUCCUCUCCAGCAUUAGUGUUGUUAUAAACUUCUGACAUGUUGACAUGUGAAAAGUUUAGAUCGCAUCAGGUCUUCGUCCUGAUACUGGCUGUGAUAGUGAGUAAUAGCUGGCAGAAGUGAGAGGUAGCGCGCGCUACUUUCCUUGGCUGUCAAUCAGAUCCAAUCCUUUCACUAAAUAAUUAUGUGGAGUAAAUGAGUUGGAUCGAGUCAAGCCCCCUGCUGCGUGCUUUAGCUGAUCUUUACUCAGCUAAAGUUUAAAUUGCGGCGAGUCUUAGUCCUGACACUAGCUGCUAAAGCGAGUAAUAGCUGUCAGCAAUACGAGGCAGCGCGCGCUACACUCCCUGGCUGUUAAUCAAAGCCGAUUCUUUCACUGCAUUAGUCUGUGGAGUGAAUGAGUUGGAUGGGGUCACGCGCCCUGUUGUGCACUUCAGUUGGCCAUUACUCAUGAUCACAGCAUGUAUCGGGCAUAAGACCUGACGCAAUAUAAACUGUUGAUGUGUCUAGACAACAUGUUACAAGUUUAUAUUAAUGGCACUAAUGCUUUAAAGGGGUACCCUGAAGGGGAAUUUUUUUUUUCAAAUCAACUGGUGGCAGAAAGUUAUACAGAUUUAGGGUAUGUUCUCACGUG